AUGAUUGAACACACUGACCUCGUGAGCUGCUCCAUCCCCUAUGACCUCCCCGAGGCUCCAGUAUCCUCCUUUGACAGUGUGGCGCACUUCGUUGAUGUGCAGAUCGCUGCUAUCAUAGAGAUGCUCCGGGAGGAUAUGGGCUACGUGCUUGACACGUGCCGCACGUUGAAACCCGAGAAGCAUCAUGCACACUUGCAGUAUUUCGGAACCUCCUUGGAGUGCUGUAACAUAGCAGAUGUGGGCGGAGGCUUGGCAACGAUGCAGAUGAAGCCACUGCCGCGGCGAUUUCCUCCGGAAGAUUCGAGGUCGAUGUGGAGCAGGUUCAUGCUCCUGGCGCAGUGCAAAGUUCCCGGUAAGAAGUCCAAACAAGUCAACGAAGUUGGCCUGGUCUUUUGCGAAACGAUGAACCAGAAGGACGGACUGGUGCUGUGCGCUCCGGAGAGGGUGCUAAAGGAGCUGCAAAGUUACCUGCAGCAAGGUGCUUCUACCUAUUUCCGGAAGCUACAGAGCUUUAACCGCCUGGUGACGGAGCCCGUGGCCAUACUUCAGAACCUGCGCAGUGCACCUCCCACUGAGCUGUGCCGUGCACUAUUCUUCGGCGUGAUACCUGAGGGUUCCGAGAGGGAUGUGGAGCUCUGUCAGCGCUUGGACGGCUGGGUGUCGCCGAACGCCUACGUGCCGAUGAUGUUCAACCAGCAGCAAUGCCGCGCACUGGCACUUGAAGCGCUCACGGCCGCAGGGCCGGUCGUGGUGCAAGGGCCCCCAGGCACCGGCAAGUCGCACUUGAUAGCUCACGGGCUCCUUCCGCAGAUCAUCCAGCGCGGCGGUCGUGCAUUGGUCUUGUGCAACAGCAAUUCUGCGGUGGAUACCAUCGCAGAGAAAGUGUUAGAUGUUGGCGGGUUCGUUUCCAACGGCGGCUAUAUCUCUGCCGAAUCGAGGUGCCUCCGCGUUGGGUUCGAGAACAAAGUCUGCAAAAAAGUGCUCCAGGCAGGCUGGUUCCGAAGCUGCAAUGCCAUCAAUGAGGUCAGCAGCGGCGAGAAAUCAGUCGUUUUCACGACGCUGUACAACACAAUUGUGAAGCACAAGGAUUUUUCCGAAGCCAACUUUGACACACUUAUCAUCGAUGAAGCGGGACAGGUCGAGGACUGGAAGCUGUUUGUUCUGCUGCAGACGAUUACGAGCCUCAGGAAAGUGAUUCUGGUCGGUGACCACAAGCAGCUGCAACCCUACGUAAGCGAAGGUGUGCGAGACAAAGGGUUUGGAAGAAGUACAAUGGAGAGGCUGAUUGCCACCAAGGUCAGAGCAGGAAAUGCCGGCUUCGAUUUCAUCAUGCUGGAGGAGCAGCACCGAAUGCCCCCCUCCGUGCGCAAUGUCGUCAGCAGGACGUUUUACGACAACAAAUUAAUAGACGGGCCGAACAUUCUGGUGAAGGGUAGGCGGUCCUGCGCAACCUCCGCGAAAGCAAUUGUUGCCUUCGACCUGUCGUUUGGCGAGAACCAGAUCAACCCCCUUGAGCGAUCGCUUGAGAACUUGGACGAAGCGACCAUCUCCAAGCUCAUUUACGAACUCCUCCUGCAGGCACCAAGCGCUUACACAGCGCAUGACAUUUGCGUCUUGUCCCCGUACAAUCGGCAUAAGAAUCGGCUGCGUACAAUGCUGGCAGGAAUUCCGGAGAGCGACUGGGCGAAGUGGGAGAAUCUGAAUCCGGACGUCGUCAUGGAUUCUAGCAUGGAUGAGCAAACGGCAGCAGUGCGUAACAUCGACACAGUGGACAAGUUCCAGGGCUCGGAGCGAGAAGUUGUGAUCAUCAAUACGGUGAGUGGUUGCCUGGAAAACAACCAGCGUGCCUGCGAUCCACACUUCAUCAACGUAGCAAUGAGCCGAUGCAAGAGCUUGCUAGUGCUCAUCGGCAGGCUAACAGAACUGGGAAAAAGUGGUGGCAGCUGGCAGCGAAUCAUGAAUUUCCUUCGGGAGGCCCAGAUGCAGGCACCUCACGGGGCAAACGCCGACGUGUUGAUUCUGCCGUGCGGAACGAUGGAAGAGGCGAAAGCAGGUGUUGAAGCAUUGUGUGACUCCGUGCCGAUGUCGGGAAGCAUGGCUGCCGAUGGGGUGAAGGGUGAUUGCUGUCUUUCCUUUCGACCUGCGCGCCGUGCUUUCCAAGAGUCGGCCUUCCUCUGGGAUUUGACCCCAGAGAUACGGGCCAUCAUCAUCAACAACUUCCGGUGUGCCAAGUGGCAAGGCCCAGGUCGUUGGAACGAGGCAGACCUGCGGUCUGGCUUAGAGCGCUUCGACGUACAUCGGUACACUCGCAGCGUGCUUCAAAGACAGGGCCUUCCCAUUCCACACUCCUUGGUCGUGGAGAACAUCGCACGCCCCGAGGAGGCCAACUGGAGCACAGCCCUUGCACCAGCCCCCAUGGCCAAUGCAGGCUAUGCUGCUAGCCCGUGGGAUCCCUGGUCUUUUGCCAGCCGGCUGGGCCUCAACGACGAGGGUGCCCAGUUCCUGGCGUCUCUACCCGAGGAAUUGCUGAAAGCCAGCAUUCAGAGCUUCGAUCCCGCCGGCACUAAGGAUGGCAAUGUGUGGGGACGUCUGCUCGGCUUUAUCCGCGGCCUUUGGAUGAAGCGCCUUCAGCUGAACGAGGAGGCCAUAUCUUGCGUCAAGAACUUAUCGGAGGAGGCACUGAUGCAGGUCAUGAUAUCCUUCCAUCCUGGACCGAAGGAUGGAACCCUCUCUGCUCGACUCAUUGCCUUCGCCAAGAAUCUCUCGUGGUCCGGCCCGAUGCAGCACCAGGGGUCUUAUGAGCAGCAGUGGCAGGACCCGAGUGCAGCCAUGCCGACGCCUUCGCCCUCGGCGCCCAUCAGCUAUGCUCCGCCACGUGCGCAGGCGCGCAGCGCAUCCUCCGUUGUCUGGGAGCUCGCCACGUACUGGCAGCUGGACCAAGGUUGCAUAGACUUCUUGAUGCAGUUGCCGGACGAGAUCAAGUGGGAAAUCUCCACGGGCUUCAACCCUUGGGGGGCGAAGGAUGGAAACAUUUGGGGACGUCUAUUGGGCUUCAUCCGCGUCCUCGUAGCGCAGUGGGUCGGAUGGGACCGGGCCAAAGUGGAAUACAUGAAGAUGCUGCCUGAGGAGCAGCAGAAGGAGAUGAUUCUGACUUCGCUCUCCGCCGUCUAUCAGGGCUACACCAACCAGGCAGCGUGGUCUCCGGCACGCUUGGGCCUUGGUGCCCGUAGCAUCUUCUGCCCGCCGAGACCGCUACAGCUCGCAAGCGCGACGGCGGUGGGGGCCGAUCGGCUGACCUGUGGGCCGGAUGAACAUGUGUCUGCUACGUCCAUCGACUUCGAGGUCCGCUUGGAACGGCUGCUCUUCGGCAUGUUGAGCCGAUCGUAUGAGAUUCCGCGGGGUGCGCUUGGGGCCGAGGUCAGCCGAUUGUUGCAGACACUGCUGCAGAAGUUUCAAGAAGGCCUGGAAGCCCUACGCUUGUUGGCUUGUACCUGGACCUUCCGGCUUUGCUUUGCCAACAGCUCGGUUUGGUGGCAAAGUUGGGGGCAACUGUCGGAUCUGCUGGAGAAAACCGCCGAGAAAAUGGUCGCGGUGGGCUAUGACAUUUUCGAAACAUAUGGGGUUCAUGCGAGCUUGGUGCGUAUCCCCAAGCCUGUCGCCGUUCAAGCCGGUAGAAAUGCUAUCCUUGAAAUGUCGCUCCAGGCGGAGAGCUUCUACCAAGCCUUCACGACAUCCAUGGAUCCGAUUUUUGGCGACGUUAUACCGCAAGUUUUAGAGCAUCGGAAGCGCUUUAACCGACAGACGCCUGGCCUGAAGAUAUACUCGCCCGACUUCCCGCCGGAGGUCCCAGGAAGUCAGCUAUGGCAGUCCUACCCGGCCAGUUUCGCCGACACUUGCCAGUCGGCUGCCAAUCUGCCGUGGUACGCCUGGCACGACAGGAGACAGGACCGAGAGGGGCGCGGCGGUGGCUUUGACAUGUCGGGACUACGGAUCAGACAUCGGACGAUGGAAGAGGUGGUGGAAGAGAUUGCUGAAGUGCAGGAGUUGUCUUUCCAGGUGCUGAAUUUGGGAGCCAUGGAUGGCCGAUGUAGCGGAGGGCCUUCUACAGAUCCUGCGAACUGUUUGCUGCAAGGUUCGGCGAUGAACCGUUCCUGGGGUGGUGUGGUGGUCGAGGCUGAUCCACCCCCGAAGCUUUGGGAACUCUUCGGUAAGCGACGUGAUGUGGUUAUAGUGGACAGGGCUGUGUUUCCGGAAAAUGCGUCGAGAGUCUUCGACUUCGGACUGCCAGCGCCAAAUCCACCCAGAAGUCUGGACUUGCUGAAGAUCGACCUGGACUCCUUUGACUGUGACGUGGUCUCCUCGCUCUUGAGGGUGGGGCCUUUAGCGAGAAAUCCUCCCAAGCUCCUUUAUAUCGACUUCAAUCCUCACAUCCCUCCGCCCUUUCUCUACCGGACCAUUUCAACCUCAAAGACGAGGAUUAUACCUUUCCAGGGCUCUUCACUGCAAUGCUUCUUGGAGGCCGCGCGCAACUUCAGCUUGUUACACGUGGAGCUCUUUAACGCGGUUCUGGUACGAGAGGACCUGAAGCACCUCUUCCCUGAGUUGCGGCUUUUGGACCCCUACCAGCAAUGGGCCCAGGGCUACUUCUGCCAUCCCCUGGCCCGUGUUUUAUGGCACCGGGAGCGCGACAUCCGCUGGCUGGGCACGGAUCCCCGAGCCUGGGCCCAAGGGCCCCGAAAGAACAUCGAUCAGACUGGGGAGAGCAUCCUGCAGGUCCUGGGCCGCGUACGGGAGCGCGUGCCAACCUUCCACAGAGGCCCCAGCGCUCCGAGUGGAACGCCGACCCUGCAGCAAUUCGUCGAUCGCUGGGGUCUGGACGAGCGGGCGAGCCAGUUCCUGCAGGCUUUACCACACCACGUUCUCCAGGUGGUGCUGUCGGCAUUCGACGCGUCUGCUUCUGCAGAUGGAAAUGUGUGGGGUCGCCUCCUCGGCUUCGUGCGUUCGACUUGGGGAAGAACUAUGAAGCUCCCACUGGUCGGCGGCUCGGGCACUGCUUGGGCCCUCAAUACACAAUUCUCUGGGAGACCUGAGUCAAGCAGUAUCAACUUUGGUGGUGUCUAG